GGGCGGGGCGGCGCUCGACGCUGGGCAGGCCGGGCCUGGAGCGGGCCGGGGCCGCCAUGCGGGCGGCUCGGAGCUGCGGGGUGUGCGGGGCGGCCGGGGCGGCCCCGUACCGGUGCCCGCGCUGCGCUGAAGCCUACUGCUCGGUGCCGUGCUGCAGGGCGCACCGCGCCCGGUGCCGCCGCGACGGGGACGGGAUCGACACCGGGAGCGGGGCCGCGGCGCUCUCGGAGCCGGACAGGGCGGCGGAGGGGCUGGCAGCGCCCCGAGGGGCGGGCCGGGCCGGGCAGCGCGCAGGCAGCCCCUGGUCGGUGGCGGACAUCCUGGCGGAGGACGACGAGCAGGACCGCGUGCCGCUGCAGAAGCUCAAGCUGCUGGGAGAAUCUGAAGAACUGAGAGGCUUGCUCCUGAACCCACACCUCCGGCAGCUGCUGCUGACGAUUGAUGAAGCAGAAGAGAAGAGCUCCCUCAUGAAAAAGUACAUGCAGGAGCCGCUAUUUGUUGAGUUUGCGGACUGCUGCUUGAGAAUUGUUGAACCCCCAGAGAAGGAGAACAUUCUUCCUGAGUGAGCUACCUUGGGAACGUUUUGCUUUCCUUGAGUUUUUCCUCUGACAGAAGAGAUCUUACGGCAAUGGUGCUACUGUGGUGCACCAUUCCGGGUAUUUCCUCUGGGUUUGGUCACACUUCACUCAUGGAUGUCAGGACUCAAAUUUUUAAUUUAGAGUUGAUAAACAGUGAUACAGUAUUGGACAGAUUUCUAGAUACUAGGAAGUAAAUUUGAUAUUACGUGGACUUGCAAUCUUUUGGUAGAGAAAUCCUGUCAACCAUGGGAAACGCAGCUUCCCAAUAAUAAUUAUAUUAAAUAUGUCGGCAUUUAUCUUAA